GGAAUGGACUUCUGCUAACAUCACCAAAUCUGCAAAAUCAAAGUCUUUCUAUUUCCAUUGUUGAUAGUGGUAAAACAGCAACUUUAGAAGCAUCGGUAUCCAGAGAUACAAGAUCGAAGCAAAGCACCUUGGAUAAACAUAUUGCUACUAAAAAUCCUACAGUUGUCAAUGACUCAAAAAAAAUAGUGAAAACACCUGUUGCGGAAAAAGUUUCUUCAUCUCAAAACAGAUCAACUCCCACAGAAACUAAAUCAACUCAUGUGGCCACUAAACAGUGUUCAUUUUACGAAGCUAAUUCUUCUGUUCAGUCCAAAACAAAUCAGCUUCCUCAGACCUCGUCUGAAAAUAAGAAUUUCAGCCCUCAACCUAGGACCAAUUCAAUGUCUACUGAAAAUAAAGCUACAACUAAUGCGACUCGCGUAAUGCAAAAUCUCUCAUCAGCAUCAGAUUGCAAAGUUCAAACUAUUUCUGCUCGACUUCUACCCUCACAGAGCAGGAAUGUUCAAAAUGUAAACGUGCUUGUUGUGGAAAAAUCUAACCCGCAAAAAGCGACACCACAUAGGGGAGCUUCUAUGACCCCAAGGACACCAAUUUGUGAAUCAAAAACACAAAUGGCUCAAAGCAGGGUCUCUCAGAACCAUCCAGCUAGGUUUGAAGGUAAUAGUACCAAUCAGGGUAAUAGGAGCUCUUCAAAUGUAAAUAUUCUACCAGAAAAAAAUACUCCUAGAAUAGCUUCAACAGUCGAAUCUAAAGGACCAGCUGCUAGAAUGUCAAAAGAAUUACUUGAAGCAAAAAGUCAAGCAAAUACGUCUGGCAGAAUAGUGACAAGUAUUCCAGAAACUGUAACUACAAACAGCCAAAGUAGAGUAAAUAAAAAUAUUUCUAAUAAUUUUAUAGAAAACAGAACAAAUAAUAUUCAACGCAAUAUAGUUAUGAUAUCGCCAGAUGGUAGCAUAAAUAAAAUUACUCCUCUCAGACAAAUAGAUUUCAAAGGGCAAAAAGCGUUAAAUACUUCUACUCCAAGUGUUUCCGUUCAAGAAAACAAGAGUCAAGGAGUUGAGGGAAUCACAAAAUCAUUUACUCCAAAAUAUGUUAUUGCUGAUAAAAUGCAUGAAAUCGGCGUUAAAAGAGAAGCUAUUAAAAGACCUGUGACUAGUACACCUGUUGCUAAAAAGAAAUGUGUCACCAGAAGCCCAGCAGGAAGGAAAACUGGAAUAAACUUGAAUUUGGUCGAAGAAAUUCCUGCUGAUGAACAGCAACAUUUUAUAAAUAAUUUAAAAAACCGUCCUGCUGGUUUGUCUAUUACUCCUAUAAAUUCAAAAUCAUGUCCUACAGUAAAUCCUAAUUCAAGUGCAAGUUGUGUUAAUACCAGUUCAAAGGUUGACACUGGACAUAGUGACCCAAUAAUAGAAGAACCACCUGAUGAAGAUUCCAACCCUAUGUACUGUUCAAAAUGCAAAAUUUUUGUGGCCUGCUCCUCUCAAUGGUGUCCAACGUGUAACAAUAAAUUAUCAUUACCUUCACCUACAGAAUAUAAAAUACAACCUAUGGAACCCAAUUAUGUUGUAACACAAAAUGUUACUAAUGUAACAGUAUCUAAAAGGAUAAUUAUUAACCGCCAUGAGUUACUACAACCAGGUAAUCGAAGUUUUCACAUACAAAAGCAGGUUCUCAUUGAAACAGGUUCAGUAGUUCAGACCUCUCCUCGUUCUAAAGGUCGUCCAAAAAAGCGUCCAAGAGAGCCAGUUUGCUUGACUUUGUCUUCUGAUGAGGAGGAGCCAACACAAGAAUUUAAUUCAUAUCAAGAAGAAAGUGCUUCAAAUAUGAAAAUUUUCCCUAUGGAAUCAGAAGGCAGCAAAUCUGAUCAAUCUGGGCCAGAACUCCAGGAAGAUGAGGAAAAUGAAGAAUCUGAUGAUGAAUUUCCUGGAGUGACCGAUAUACAUCCCAAGAUGCAUCCUGAGGAAGAAGAAGAAUUUGAUGAAGAACCGGACGAAGAAGAAAUGAUGGCAAUGGAAGAAGAUUGUGAAGAAGAGGAAGAGGAGGCAUUAUCUGGACAUGAAGAGGGAGAAGAAGAGGAGGAGGAAGAAGAAGUUCCACCCGAAGAUGAGGAAGAAGAAAUGAUCCAAGAAAAUGAAAAUUCUAACGGACCUCAACAAGUAAUGAAAUGCCGCAGUAUUAGAAUUGGUUCUUAUAAAGUUCAUCCAUCUCGGACUAAUCAUAUACAUGUAUUUUUGGAUCCAAAUAGUAUUCUAUUUCAUGCUCCUCCUGUGAGGGAAAUAGCAUGUGUUGGCCUUAGAAAUAUUGUGCUGAAAAGUUCUGAUAUUACUCGCAUACUGGUUCACUUUGGAAGGUGCCUGCCUAUUGUUUUUGUAUAUACCACAGCAGCAUUUGGUGAAGCUCUUAGAAGAACCUUAGGAAUGGUUGAAGGAGAAACACCUUACUUUGAUCCUACAUCCAGUGAUGAUAGACAAGAAAAAAUAACACUUCUAAUAGACCAAAUAACAGAAGAUCAUCGUCGUUUUCUUCGUGAGGUAUUUCCUGGUGAUCAAAAAGUUAAGGAAAUUGAUCAAAAAACUGCUAAUGAAAUUUUGGUCAAGUCUACUCCUCAGCAGCCCCAGCUUCAGAGUGUACCGUUGAAGCCAGAGCCAAUUGCCGAAUGUCAAACAAGGUCAAUGGCAGCUCUGCAACAACAGCAAAUGACAAUUAAAGCUGUUCCUCCAAAACCUGUAACAAAAAUACUAACUUAUCCACCACCACCUCAAACGGGUGGAAUACCUAUAACAAGUGAAGACUUGGCCUGCUUAAAUGAAGGAGAAUUUUUAAAUGAUGCUAUUAUUGAUUUCUAUUUAAAGUAUGUGUUCUAUGAAAAGUUAUCCGAGUGCUUCAGAGAAAAAACCCAUAUUUUUAGCUCUUAUUUUUAUCCAAGACUCACUUCAAAAACUGACAAGCAAAAGGGAGAAGAUAAGACUGUGCAAGUGAGACGCCACAGUCAAGUCAAAACAUGGACAAGGCAUAUAGAUAUAUUUUCAAAAGACUUCAUCAUCAUUCCUAUCAACCAAAAUGUUCACUGGUUUUUGGCAAUAAUAUGCUAUCCUGGACGGGUUCCUGAUGCUCCCACUCCAUCUGUUAAUGAAGAAGCAAACAAGUCCUCUGAUAAUGUGACUUCCACAAAUGAUCAAGAUGAGGGAAAUAAAUCCAUAAAUAAAGACCAAAAUAUUAGUGCUGAUGGCAUUGGCACAAACAAUGAUGAAAACUCAAUGCAUAGUAGUAAUAACUCACUUUAUGAAGCUGAAGAAUCUCCAGAUUCUGAAGAGCCUCUUCCAGAAGCGCCUGACAGUAGUACACAUCCUGAUGUAGUGCAACAAAAUCAAAGGAGAAAAGAAACUCCUUGUAUAUGUAUAUUUGAUUCGUUGAGUGGACCAAAUAGAUGGAAAAUAGCUGCUACAUUAAGAGAGUAUUUGGAAAUGGAAUGGCGAAUGAAAAAGGGGACUAAAAAGUUUUUUGAUAGGAAUACAAUGCAAGGAUGUGUCAUUAAAUGUCCUCAACAAACUAAUUAUAGCGAUUGUGGUGUUUAUUUAUUGCAGUAUGUUGAAAGUUUCUUUGAAAAUCCUAUUCCUUAUUUUGGUAAUCCAAUGCCUGAUCUGUCUAACUGGUUCCCUGAAAACAAAAUAGUUAAAAAACGACAAGAAAUCAAAGACCUCAUUUUGACUUUGCAGAAAAAACAGUCCCCAUCUUCCGCUAGUUGAAAGGCAAAGAAAUCACUUCACAGUCUGAAAAUUCAUUACAUUCUGCAUUUAUAUUGCCAGUGUAUGAAACAAUGGAGUAUUGUGUGCAGAACUAUAGCAUUGAUUAUAAAUAUUUUUCUCUAAAUCUUGGGUUGGAAAUGUGUAGUUUUGUUGGUGAUUCAUGCUUUUACCAUUAGACAGGCCACUUGAAGUGCUGUUUAAAAACAUUUUGUGCACCUGUUAUUGAGUAUUGUAUAUAAAUAUAAUCAUAUUUGUCCACUGUCAUUUUUAUACAUUAAAUUUUCUUUUGUUACAUAUGUUUUAUUGAUAACUCAAAAUAAAAUACACAUCAACUGCAUGUCUGUUCAACAUUAUUAUUAUUAUCUUUAUUAUUAUUUAAAGGAGAUGUAAUUGUCAGAUGUAAGUACCUUUUGUAAAAAUAAAAAGA